AUUACUUUUCAUUAGCCUAUUAUGCUAAUUUCUGUGCUUGGUAAUUUAGAAAACUAUUUUAAAAGAAAAUGUGGUGCAUACCUCUUAAAAUUUAUGUUUCUCUAGUGGAAACAACAUACAUGGGACUGCUAAGUAGGAAUUUAAGAAAGCACCUUAAGUGCUGAAAUGAAUUAUGAAUAAGUAAUAAGUACUCAAAUAGUUCAAAGGAGGGCUGGAAGAGGAAGGCCUAUGGAAGGCUUCAUUUAAAGAGGCAGAACCCAGGCCUCCAAGAUGAUGAAUGCGGAGGUAUUUUAGAGAUGAAGUGUUAUCAUGUCUGCAACUUAUUCCAGUCCUCACCCCAACGGCAAAUAUUAAGAAUUGUUGAAUUAAGUGGUGGUCAUACUGCAUGAGUGAUUAGUGUGUUAGUCUUUCACCUUUUUGUAUGUUUGAAAAUUUUUAUUACAAGAAGUUGGGUAGAAGAAAGGAGCUCUCCAUGAUGUGUGUGGCAUGCCACAACCCAAAGAUUCCUCAAUUAGCCUUUCUCUUUGCUACUGUAGUCCAAAGUGUAAAAAGUAGAUGCUGCAUAUUGGUACUAUUUGUAAAAGUCACUUCUCAGCAUCCUUAUAUACUUGCUCAUCUCUCUUGAUUUCUCAACUACCUUACAUUAGUAUUGAAGACUUUAUUAGUCAAGAAGCUUUAAGCUACAGUUGAUGAAAACUCAGCUCAAACUGGCUUAAGCAAAAAGAGGUAUUUAUUGACCAACAUAACUGAAAAAUCCAGGUCUGGCUAGAAAUAGAGCUCAAGUAGUAGCAUUAGAACCUAUUCUCUCCAUUUCACUGACCUUUUCUUUUCUCUCUGUGGGUUUUGCUCUCAAGCAGGCUUUUUUCCUAGUGCUGGUCCCUAAGAAGUGUAGGCUUACAUCUUCCCAUGUUGAAGACCAGAGAGAAAGGGCAUCUUCUCUCCUAGUCAUUCCAGCAGAAGUCCUGGGAUUAACUCUUUAACAGGCAUCAGUGACAUUCAAGGAUGUGGCCAUGGACUUUACCCCAGAGGAGUGGGGGAAGCUGGAUCCUGCACAAAGGGACGUGAUGCUGGAGAACUAUAGGAGCCUGGUCUCGCUUUGGCUUCCAGUUUCCAAGCCUGAGAACUACGAUUUGGAGAAUGGAAAAGAACCAUUGAUGCUUGAGAGAAAAGUCCCCAAAAGUGGCUAUUCAGACUUGGAGACUAGACCUGAGAGCAAAGAUGCAACUUCAAUGCAAGAUUUUUCUAAAGAAGAAUCAUGCCAGGUUGCAAUGACAGACAGACUGACAAGGAAUAGUGUCUAUGACUCCAACUUGGAAACAACACUUGAAUGUGAAAAUUGGUUAGAGAAUCAGCAAGAUCAGGAAAGACACUUGAGAGAAAUGUUCACUCAUGUGGACUCACUCUCUGAAGAAAGAGCUCAUGAGCAUGAUGUUUAUUGGAAAAACUGUAGUCAGAAGUCUGUCCUUCUCACUCAAGACAGAGUUCACAAAGGAUCCUAUGCCUUUCAAACACUUGAAAAAAGACUGAAACAAAAAUCAAACUUAAUGAAAAAGCAGAGAACCUAUAAAGAGAAAAAACCUCAUAAAUGUAAUGAUUGUGGUGAGCUCUUCACUUACCAUUCGGUGCUUAUUCGACACCAGAGAGUCCAUACCGGAGAGAAACCCUAUAGCUGCAGUGAAUGUGGGAAAUCUUUUAGCCACAGAGCUAAUUUAACUAAACAUCAGAGAACUCAUACUAGAAUUCUCUUUGAGUGCAGUGAAUGCAAGAAAGCCUUCACAGAAAGCUCAUCCCUUGCAAUACAUCAGAGAAUUCACAUUGGAGAGAGACCUUAUGAAUGCAAUGAAUGUGGGAAAGGUUUUAAUCGAAGUACGCAUCUUGUGCAGCAUCAGUUGAUUCAUACUGGAGUGAAGCCUUAUGAAUGUAAUGAAUGUGAUAAAGCCUUCAUUCAUUCAUCAGCACUUAUUAAACAUCAAAGAACUCAUACUGGAGAGAAACCCUAUAAAUGUCAGGAAUGUGGGAAAGCCUUUAGCCAUUGCUCAUCUCUUACUAAACAUCAGAGAGUUCAUACUGGAGAAAAGCCAUAUGAAUGUAGUGAAUGUGGAAAAACUUUUAGUCAGAGCACACAUCUUGUUCAGCAUCAGAGAAUUCAUACUGGAGAGAAACCCUAUCAGUGUAAUGAAUGUGGGAAAACCUUCAGCCGGAGCUCAAAUUUUGCCAAACAUCAAAGAAUUCAUAUUGGAAAGAAACCAUACAAAUGUAGUGAAUGUGGAAAAGCCUUCAUUCAUUCAUCAGCUCUUAUUCAACACCAGAGAACUCACACUGGAGAGAAACCUUAUAGAUGUAAUGAAUGUGGGAAAAGCUUUAAGUGCAGUUCAUCCCUCAUCAGACAUCAAAGAAUUCACACUGAAGAACAACCUUGAAAAAUUACUGAAUGUGAAGAAAUGUAAGUUGGCUUUAUCACUGUGUUAAAUACCUGAGUGUUUAGGUGGAAAACCCAUAAAAUGGUGCUUGAGGACCAAUUGUGUAUGCAUCUAAAUUUACUGGCAUAAUACAUAGUUUUAAGCCAUAGAAGAAUGUUCUUUAUAUCCAUUGAUUUCAUAAUUUUGAAAGCUUUUAGACACAGAUCUCAAAUUUUGAUCCAUAACCCGCCCCCGCCAAAUACCCUUUUGUGGAAAUUCAAGAAAUUUUUGAGAGCGGGUAGCAAUAUAAUCGUGAAAUCCAGCUCCUCCCACUCUGUCACAUCAAAACCCUGUUAUAGCUUCUCACUUUGUGAGGAAUUUUUAUUUGGUAGGUUAGCUGGAGGUUUCAUAUCCUUAUCAUUGGAAAGACAGCGUUGUUUCUCUUUGAAUCCAAAGUAGAGAUCCAGAUACACAGAUAGUGUCAUUUCUCCAGAGAGCAUCAUUUCUUUUACAUUAGCAAUAAAAACUUAAGAGUUGAGUUGACAUAUGCUCUGGAUUCUCACCCUCCUCCAAGAAGCUACUGUCUAAUUUGAUGAACAUAAAUAGAAUGUAUUUACAGCAGGUUCUAAGUUAUGUUCACAUAGAUUAUGCUGGUCAUAGAUUUAGAUAAUUGCUCUCUCUGGAAUUUACCCUAAAGUAGAGAUUGGGUCAAAAUCUUGACUGUAGUUUUUGAUCAAGUCCCUCUUUUCUUAUCCUUGGCAUUGAAUGAAUCCUUGGUUUUCUAUAAUCACAGUGUUAGGAAAAUUUCAUUUCUUUACAUUAUUCUGCUUUCUGUAAACUGUGGUUUGUCACUUUGAGAAAAAACCUCUGGGAUGUUGAGGGUCUGAAAAGUUGAUGAGUUCAAUGUAUUAUUAUAUUUAGGGUCCCAGUCAAGAAGAACGGAAGCAGCUGUGAGACACAAGGACAUACCUUCCUGUCAGAUAUGGAAAAUAGCUCACAGGACAGUGACUCACUUGAGGAUAAGCAGCUUCCCUCCAUGAAGAAGAAGUUGCCAUUUCUCUGGCCUUCAUGUUUACCCACAUUUUUUGUUGUUGUUCUUGUUGUUGUCCUAUAUGUUGGCUGAUCUUGGUAUAUCCCAGAGCCCUAAAGAAGGUAGAAAAGGCAUGAAACCAUGAUGACAUACUGACAUAAGUUACGUGGGUGACCAAAGACCAGUAGUGGGAUGGGAAACACAAAAGCAAAAGUUCAAAUAAAUAUUUAGCAAAACACUAUACAAAUGUCAGUUAUUGUUGUUAUUCUAUUGUGUGAAAAGAAGAUGAUAGAAAAGAUAGAGGAAAAAAAAGUAGUUACAGAUUUCUUUCUCCUCUCCUAGAUCCUAUCCUUUAUGAACAUUUAGCAGCCAGUCCAUGCUCUCGCCCCCUCCACAUUAUCCCUCUUACUUCUUAUAAUUCCCUGUAGACCUUAGUUCUAUUAUCGAGGAAAAGUAGAGGAGUAGAGUUUAAAGAAAUGGUGGUAGUGGAGAGCAAGAUCAUUGAGGAUGAAUCAAGUAUAAAUUCAACAAUGAUGGAAAUCAAAGAAAACAAU